AUGAUGGGAACAGUUGACAGGAUUGCUGUGUUCUUCAACUACUCGCCGAAACGACAGAUCUGUCUUGCUGAAUGUCGGGCUGCCAUUGAAGCCACCGAGUCCAAGCGCCAGAAGAUAAAGUCUCUCUGCCGUACACGCUGGGUAGAACGACACGACGCCCUUGAGGUCUUUAUCGACUUUCUACCCGCCAUGGUUGAUGCAAUGUCUCAGUUAAUGGAGAAUGAAACAAAGUCUACAACAUCUGCUGAAAUCUCUGGGUUUUUGAUGGCGAUUACUGGUUUCCAGUUUAUCGCUGUCCUGGUGAGUGUGACCCGCUGUCUCAGCUAUAUAAAACCCCUCACUGUUGCUCUUCAAGGUCGUUCGGUUGAUGUGGUCAAGGCCAUGUCUCAGGUUAGUGUGGUGCAGCAAGCUCUCCAAGAGGUCCGUGACAACAUCGACACCUACCAUAACACCUGGUUCCAAGAAGUUUCAACUAUCGCUGACAAUCUUGGUGUUCAGCCAUCUCAACCCAGACUGUGUGGUCGUCAGACUAAGCGUGACAACAUCGAAGCAGCAACACCCGAAUUGUACUACAAAAGAAACCUAACGAUUCCCUUUGUUGACACUUUUUCCCUGCCUGCUGAGUUGCACUUAUGGCAGGCUAGAUGGAAAGGUGUUACCAACCCACCUACUACCCUUCAGGGGGCUGUUGAACAGUGUGAUUCACAGCUGUACCCCAACAUUUACACGGUUUUGUCUAUCGCAUGUGUGUUCCCUGUCACAUCAUGUGAAUGUGAAAGAAGUAUCAGUGCCCUAGGACUUGUAAAGACAAAACUGAGAUCUUCAAUGGGUCAGGACAGGUUGUCCGCUUUGUGCCUUCUUUCUGUUCAUAGGGACAUUGACAUUAACAUUUGCAAUGUUGUCCGAGAGUUUGCUCGGAAGCAUCCUAGGCGGAUGUAUCUUCCUGACAUCCUGUCUGAGCUGUAG